GUAAGAAAGACGCAAAAAAGUGCAUGAAAACUCCAAGAUAGAAAGCACCUAGAAUAAAAAUAAAAACAGAAAAGUAACAAAAGAAAAAAGAUUAAGAAACAAGAAACAACAAAGUCUCAGACAUGGAAUUGUUUUCUAAGAUGUUCAUAAAAUGCAAGGAUAUUAUUGCUCAAUUUCCAGAGGAGCAACGACCGCAACUGACAGGGAAAGGAACACCACCACCACGCAGAGGGAAAGGAACACCCCCGCCGCCACCUCGGGUGCGACCCCCACGACCGCACGGAGGAAACUGGCGGAGGAAAAGUCUGAUAGAAGAUGCCCGAUUCGAAACGGUCACCAACGCUGAGUUUGAGCGUUCAGAAGAAAGAAGGUUGGGAGAAUGCAUAUCAGAAGAGUCUGAACAAUUUAAUGGUGAAAGAAAAUCUCGCCUGGAAGUGGAAACUGCACGGGUCUCUUUACUCGUGAUCUUGAAAGAACAGAUGACAUCUCUAGCCGACAUUAUGAAGGUAUUCGAGUCAACGAAACUUCAAGUGAUGCACAUAGAAACAAGAGUUUCUAAGCAAGCAGGCUCAAAGUUUGACGUGUUCAUCCAAUGUGUGGGCAAAAAAGUUAACAUCAACCAGUGUAUAGAACUGCUCGACAAGAACUCAAAAGUCCAUAGUACAACCAUCUUGGAUGAAUCAGCAAAAGAAAAAGUCAGAGAAAUAUACUAUCCAAAACAUAUCUCUGAUCUGGACAGCUGUACCCAUCUUCUCACGAAGUUUGAACCGGAACUUGACAGUGACCACCCAGGUUUCACUGACAAAGAAUACAGAAGAGUGGCUAAUAAUCAUGAUAUGUCUAAUUUUCAUUUUCUAAUUUGUAGUAACAUGAGUAUUCCCAGAAUUGACUAUACGGAAGAUGAGAUAAAGACUUGGAAACAUGUUUAUGUGAACAUAAAAAAUCUGUUUCCUACUCACGCCUGCUCAAAGCACCGCCAUUUCUUUGAUUUACUGGAAAAGAAGGGAAUCUACAGUGAAAACUUUAUACCACAGCUUGAAGAUGUUUCCAAUUUCCUGAAACAACAAACAGGUUUCCAACUGCGCCCGGUAGCUGGACUGUUAUCAGCACGUGACUUCUUGUCUAGCUUAGCAUUUCGUGUUUUUCAAUGUACUCAGUACAUACGCCAUGGCUCCAAACCGGACCACACACCAGAACCUGAUUGUGUGCAUGAACUGCUAGGACAUGUCCCAAUGCUGGCAGAUCCUGAAUUCGCUGAGUUUUCCCAAGAGCUUGGUUUGGCUUCUAUAGGGACCUCCGAUGAGGAUAUUGAGAAGUUUGCAACGCUUUAUUGGUUCACUGUGGAAUUUGGCCUGGUGAAGGAGCCAUGUGGCAUUCGUGCUUAUGGAGCAGCAACCCUGUCGUCUUAUGGGGAACUUGAACAUGCCUUAUCUAACAAUUGUGAGAAGAAACUUUUUCAAACGGAAACAGCAUCUCUUCAGGAAUAUGACGAUAACGAUUUGCAACCCAUCUACUUUGUUGCAGAAUCCUUUGAAGAUAUGAAAGACAAAAUGAGGAAAUAUGUGGCACAAAUCAAUCGUCCUUGCGAGUUUCAUUACAACGCUUUCACACAAUCAUUGGUUGAGUUGAAAGACAAACAGUCUUUGCAGUCUGUGAUGAGAAUCAUCAAGGGAAACGUUGACAGCGUGCAGAAAGCUCUGAAAUAUCUAGAUGUGCGCACAGUCCAGGUGACUGCAUGAAGGUUAACGAGCAAGCGUAUCUGAUACAACAGUCGACUGAAUUCCUUAGUUGAAGAAAUCUGAAAUUAUAGUUAAUGUUAAUGAUGGCAGAUAUUUUUUAUGUUAUAUGCUAAGUGGAUACACCACUUUAGAAAGAAAUCAUUAGUUUUAUAUAUGAAUCGGUUAACAGGCAUUGUAGUUGAUCCAUUGAUUGUUAUUGAAAUUCGUUUUAAUUUUUCUGCAAAUAAAUAUACAAUUAUCCAAUAUUAACUAACACCUACAGAAUAUAUAAAAAUUCACAUCUACAGGAAACUAUCAUAGAAAACGUGGUUAUUUUAUUUUUUCGCAUACUGAUAUAUGUAUGCAUGUAUGUAUGUAUAUAUGUAUGUGUGUCUGUGUGUCUGUAUAUAUAUCUGUAUAUAUACAUAUGUAUGCAUGUAUGUAUGCAUGUAUGUAUGCAUGAAUGUAUGUAUGCAUGUAUGUAAUACAAGUAAGAACACAAGGAAUGAAUUUAGAACAACUUUAUUUUUUACCUAAGAUUGUUUCGGUACCAUUUUUUUUCACGUAAAUGCUAUUUAUGCAGCCUCAUCGGUGACAUAAUUGUAACCAAUGAAACGAGCUGGAAUAAUGUGAAAGAGAUCAAGCUAAGUUUCAUCUAUAUAUCUAUACAUAAAAAAGUACAUACCUAGAUAUAAGUGGUGAAGGUAGUCUCCGAAGAAUUCCAUGAGGGUCAUGUUAUAUAUGUGUAUACGUGUGGGUAUAUAUGCGUUUGUAUGUGUAUGCAUUGUGCACAUACAUACUACAGUUGACCUACUAUAAUUUCUUUGGCUCAAACGUGGACAGAAUUAUAAAUAUAGGCGUUUGUACGAAAAACAUUUACGACCUAAUAAAAUUCUGAACUCCAAACGGCUAAAGAGUUAGACCAUGCUUAGGUUUACGUUAAUCGUUUACAGGAAAGAAGGUAGAAAAGCCAUAAAGUUAUCAUUUUUAAUCCGGAAACCAGAGAUAAGCUAAAUAUUUUAAAACUGCAAUACCUACUUGUCACGUGAGAAUGAUAUUACGACACAUCCGUUGGACUUCCAGUAAAGACACGCAACAUUAGGUUUAGACUGGGUGAUGUGUAUGUUCGUUAGUUUGUAGCUGAGGUGUACACGGCACGCUUAGAAUUAUUUACCGAUAUCAACAUUUUUUUUCCAUUUUCCUUCUUAGAAUUUAAUCUUUUGAUCUAUAUCUGGGACAUUCCGGAACAUUUUAAGGUUAAACGGGAUGUAUGGUAAUCCUAUAUACAAUAACCUCUUACUUUAGAGAUUGGCGAAAAAUGAGAGAAAUAAAUGCAUAAGUAUGUAUGUACAUAAAGCUCAAUAAAUGUUACGGUUUGAUAGAGAUGUUUUUCCCCUACUCUCUGUUACACACAAACAUAGACACAUACAUACUUAUACACACUUACACAUACACAUACGUUAAGUAGGCAUCAUUAGACCAAGGCAUUAAUUGAUUUCAAAUUUGUUGAAAGUGUAUGUUUCCACCCUUCACUGACGAGAUAUAAAUGUAGCACAGCUUCAUAUUUCUGAUCUAGAAAUACAUAGAGGAAUAUGUAUGCAGGUUUUCCUUGUCUCAGUUCCCAAAUCUGAAUGAUUUCCUUGUAAAUUUGUUGUUUUUUUAAUUAAUCGUGAUAAGUCUAUAAGUCUAUAAUUAAC